GUGGAGAAAAUGAGCAGUCAACAGACAUUAUCAGUGUUUGGGAAGGAGACUCCAUCAACAUAACUUGCUCAAUGAAAAGUUCAGAAAAUGAAGUGGGAACAUACUUGACAACUAGCAUACAGCCAGUCAAUGUGAUAUAUGUUUCCAAGGAGAAUACUUCAUACAUCCUUCCUGCUUUGGCUAAUCGCAUCAAGUAUUCAAAGGAAGGAAGGAAUCUCAGCAUAACUCUGCACAAUGUACAGGAAUCCGAUUCCAAUAUCUACCUAUGCACUAAGUUUAUUAAAAACAAAGGCCAUCACAAAAAGCUGAAUGGGAAGACAACCAUAGUAGUGGUGAAAGCUAAAACCAGUGGAGUUGUUGAACAGUCACCACUCUAUCUCAAUCCUCAGCAAGGCCAGUCUAUCAGCAUUACCUGUGCAUUGAAAAGCUCAGAUGAAGAUGAAGGGAUCUACUUGCUCAAGACUCACAUGCAACCUGAAAGAGUGCUACAUGUUUCAAGUCAGAAUGCUUCAACUAUUUUUCCUGCUUUUGCUGAUCGCUUGGAGUAUUCAAAGGAAGAAAAGAAAAUUGUGAUAACUCUACACAACCUACAGAAAAAUGACAGUGAUAUAUAUGUGUGUGCUGUCGUGGUCAAAAAUUCUUCUUUCCUCUCAGUGCAUUCAAGUGGCACCAUGAUGCUGAUUAAAGAAGUGGAGCAGACAGACUGCAGUAAUAGUUCCUGGGUCAUCUAUGGUCUUAUCCUCGUAGUAGUGCUACUGUUUUCUGCGCUGACUUGCUGCAUCCUGUACCAUGUCAAUAUGAAGAAAUAUUUCCAGAAAAGAAAAGCAAAUACAGUAUAUGAAGACAUGUCUUACAUUUCUAGAUGUAACACCUUGAUCAGCACCAACACUUACUCCACUGGCAGUUAA